AUGGAAAAUACUGAAUGUAUGAAUUUAGAGGAAGGUGAUCAUGCUCAGCUAGAAGAUAAAUCAAAUUCCAAAAAACCAUUUAGUUUUACUGUUGUUCCAUUCACCAUUGAACCACAUCUUGAAUUUAUUGAUUUCUCAAAAGAGGGACAUCUUCUGCUGGGCUCCUCAAAUUUAGUCGGAAAAAUUUGGAGUGGUAGUGUAUGGUUUUUUGACUCAGGAGAUGUUACACCUUUGGAGAAAGAAAGUCUUAGUGGCCAUGGUUGUGAAUCAUGUGUUGCCACUGGAAAAUUUCUGGAUAAUUGGGAUAAAAUUAUCUUUGGAGAAGAUUCUGGCAAAGUGACAAUAUGUUCAAUUGCUAAAUUUGAGGAUGAUACGACUCACUUUUUACCACAACAUGGUGAAACGCAGCAUGAUGGUUGUAUAACUUCCAUUGCUGUUCUUAAGGAUAAGCUAUACUCAGUUUCAGCAGGCAGUGAUAUGAAGAUUAACGUUUGGGACAAUAACAGCUUAGAAAUCCAGCACAAGUAUUCACCAGCCCAUUCUAUGGAAAUAACCUGUGUUUGUUCAUCCCCUGAAGAAGGUGCUAUAUUUUCAUCUUGCAGUUUGGAUGGAUCAGCUUUACUGUGGGAUUUAAAACAGUCUAAACCAGCUUCUGCCAUUUCACAUCAUGAAUUUGGGUUAACAUCUAUAGCAUGGAAAGAUGAUAAUACUGUAGUUGCUGGAUCUAUAGCUGGAGAGGUUAUAUAUUUUGAUAUCCGAAACAGAAAAGAAAUCAACAGGCUUCAGUUUGAUAAACAUCCAGUUCACAGAGUUUCUAUCAACUGUGAUCAAGGACUUCUGGCAGUAUGUGGAAACUCUAAUGUAAUAAAAGUUUGGGAUGUGAACACCUUGGAGUUAGUGUAUACAGAUAUCGAGCAUAGAGGAUUUGUAAGAGAUUUGUCAUGGAAUCCAGUAAACAACAAGCUCUAUUCAUGUGGAUUUGAUAAGCGAAUAUUUUCACAUAUAGUUCCUUCAUUGGCAGAGAAGGACAUGUUAAUGUAA